CCCAGCCACCCCACCGUCUCCUGCUCCGAACCACCCUACCCUUGCUUCCAUGGACUUGCACCACCCACGCCACCACCUUCCUGCAGGCCGCAGCUACUAUAUAUAGAACCCCCACGAGCUGAGAGCCCAUUCAUCCAACCAUCCUCGUCCUCGAUCGCAAGAAGAGAGAACUCUCUUUGAUCUUCUUCUUCUUGCAACGUACUAGCUAGCUAGGUUACUGCACACUUGCAUCGAUCGGCACUGCUUUUUCCAUGGCGGCUUCCAUGAGUGGUCGCCUCGUCCUGCUCGCCUGCCUCGUCGUCGCCCCGCUCCUCCUCGCUGGCGCCGCCCGCGGCCACCCGUGGGGCGGCGGCCUGUUCCCGCAGUUCUACGACCGCUCGUGCCCCAGGGCCAAGGAGAUCGUCAGGUCCGUCGUGGCGCGGGCCGUCGCCCGGGAGACCAGGAUGGCCGCGUCGCUGGUCAGGCUGCAUUUCCAUGACUGCUUCGUCAAGGGUUGCGACGCUUCAGUGCUUCUGGACAACAGCACCGGCAUCGUGAGCGAGAAAGGGUCCAACCCCAACAAGAACUCCCUCCGGGGGUUCGAGGUGGUCGACGAGAUCAAGGCCGCCCUGGAGGCCGCCUGCCCCGGCACCGUCUCCUGCGCCGACAUCCUCGCCCUCGCCGCCCGCGACUCCACCGUCCUCGCCGGCGGGCCGUCCUGGGACGUGCCGCUGGGACGGCGGGACUCGCUGGGCGCCAGCAUCCAGGGCUCCAACAACGACAUCCCGGCGCCCAACAACACGCUCCCCACCAUCGUCACCAAGUUCAGGCGCCAGGGCCUCGACGUCGCCGACGUCGUCGCGCUCUCCGGCGCCCACACCAUCGGUCUCUCCCGCUGCACCAGCUUCCGCCAGAGGCUGUACAACCAGACGGGCAACGGCGCGGCGGACGCCACGCUGGACGUGUCCUUCGCGGCGCGGCUCAGGCAGGGGUGCCCGCGCUCCGGCGGCGACGGCAACCUCUUCCCGCUGGACCUCGCCACCCCGGCCAGGUUCGACAACCUCUACUUCAAGAACAUCCUGGCCGGCCGGGGCCUGCUCAGCUCCGACGAGGUGCUGCUGACCAAGAGCGCCGAGACGGCGGCGCUCGUCAAGGCCUACGCCGCCGACGUCGACCUCUUCUUCCGGCACUUCGCGCAGUCGAUGGUGAAGAUGGGCAACAUCUCGCCGCUGACCGGGGCGCAGGGGGAGAUCAGGAAGAACUGCAGGAGGCUCAACGGCAACCACUAGUGAUGAGGAGCUAGAUUGUUGGGUUGUGCGCUCAUGGCUCUCAUGAUGACCAAUAAUUGUGUGCGUGAUGCAUGGUUGUGACAAUGUUUGGUUUAAAUCAACAAGAACGGUUUAACGCCUGAUUGCGUGUUAACCUGCUUGCAUUA